GAUAUUUUCUCGCACCCCGCCCCCCGCCCCCGAUCUCCCUCCUGUAAGCCACAUUAAUGCUAUAGUGGUGAUCGAUCUCCGUCCAUGGACGCUUCCGGGCCCGGAUCCGACGGCUCCUGCUACUACUCCCUCCUCGGGAUCCGUAGCACCGCCUCCGCCUCGGACAUCCGCUCCGCCUACCGCUGCCUUGCCCUGAAGUGGCACCCGGAUCGGUGGGCCAAGGAGCCGGCGGCGGCGUCGGGGGAGGCGAAGCGGCGGUUCCAGCGGAUCCAGGAAGCCUACUCCGUGCUCUCGGAUAAGGGCAAGCGCGCCAUGUACGACGCCGGCUUCUACGACCCCCUCGACGACGACGGCGACCAGGAUUUUUCUGAUUUCAUGCAAGAGAUGCUGGCGAUGAUGGACGGGGUGAAAUCGGAGAAGCCGGACACGUUGGAGGACCUGCAGCGUAUGCUGGCGGAGAUCGUGGACGGCGAUUCGGGGAGCAGCGGCACCGGUGGCCACGCGAACGGCCGUCGGGUGCCGUCCGAUUCGUCUAGGAGGAGCCGCAGCGGCCCGAUACGCAGUAUUGCAAACGAACUCUCAAAUUGGAUGCGGUAAGAUCACCAACAAAACUCAAAAGACUCGAAGAGGUGAGGAGAUCAUCCAUCUUAUGCCACAAAAAGAUGACUAACAAAAGCCAACUUGAAGAGGGUGAAGAAAUGUAAUAUCUUACACAUAAAUGGGGUUUGGAGUCUAUUUCCAAUAUGUGAAAAUUCCAUGACGACAACAAACAUGGUUUACCGAAUGAGAACUCGGUUUUGCCAUUCUCAUCGUCUAGUUCUUGUAUUCUUUGGCCAUACAAGAAUGGCGGAAAGAAGGAAACCAAGGAAGAUGUGAUCCCUUCCCAGUAUAUAUAUUCAUGACUAACUAACAAAGGAUGUCGGUUCGGGUUAAGGGUAUGUCAAUUAUUCGGUCGAAGGUACAUAUUCGGACCGGACUUCUUCGUCUCGGUUGGUUCUUUCGAGCCGGGCUCAUUUGUUCAAAACCAUUAUUCUGGAUGCACGGCUUGACAUGUGAUUUGGUUUAUGCGGUCAAUAACCGACUUGAUCUUGAUAGCUAUAAUAAAGCUAAUUAUAUUGCUUGUAAUGUAGAGAUGAAUAACUUGUAAUAAGACUACUUUGACAUAUCGAUUCUUAGA